AUGGGAGACUUUCAUGAUACCAACAAUCGACUCCCUGAAAUAUCCUACUUUCAGCCACGUUGGACUCUACCACAUGCAUUUGAGAAAUGCAGGCCACCGUCUUCACUAGAGCCACCUCCUAUCAAAGCCAUGCUAGAGCGAUUAAGCAACUUGGGAGCGGAUGGAAACAAUACCCAACGUUUGGAACAAUCAAAUCCGUUGAAGGGAUCAGCUGACGUUUCUCACACAUUCAACUCCACGACAUUCAAUCCUAUCUGUGUAAAGGACUAUCUACAGAUGUACAGAGAACCGCAUAGGAUCGUAUUCUCUUACAGUGCUGCGAAAGAGAUCCUUGCCAAGCUUGCCGAAGGAAUACCCGUGAAAUCCUAUACCUCUUAUAUCAAAGGACUACCCAGGGUUCAUUGUCUUGCAACGCAGUACGUCGCCAGCAUACCUACAUUUGCAAGCCACAGAUGUGCCAAAGAUCUGGAAAAAAUGCAAGAAAUAGCAAAGGCGUGCUUUCUAAUCAAUUCUCAGCUGGCAACUGUCAUGGCUUCUAUACAGCAUUGCAUUGUUGGAUGCACAUACUCUACCGGUCCAGGAAUCAAAGAGUGGGCAUCCUGGUGCAACUUAUUAAUCCCACUUUCAGGAUCAGAGCUUAGCUCUACUAACAGAAGUCGGCUUCAUCCGGUUGUAGCAAACAUGGUGAAAGAAGAAGCACAGUAUGCUAGCAUAGCUACUGCCUUCUUCUCGUCACCUACUGUGGAACUUGCAGCCCUACUCUGCUCCGAUUGUUGUGGUACAGUUGAAUUUACCCAGCAACCAUCACAGGCUAUCGGCGAUGAAUCUCGAGACAAAGAUCUUUUUACGGGUCUCAUGUGGCGAGGGAUUGAAGGAGGAUCUUUUUUCAACACUCAUCUUUGGCCUAUAUGCUCUGAGUUUGACCUCGGUGAUGCUUUCGGUUUUAGUAUAGUUGCUUGCAUUAUCAACGAUAUCAUGGGCCUUGAGCAUGAUAUUAUCAUGAAGGAGCCAGCAAACUGUUUCAUCCUCGCUGGAAGUAUGGGUACCCUGCUGUCUCCUACUUUAGAGAUGCUUUCAAUCUAUACGGCAUUCAACCAGUUGGCACGUCUCCCAGAACCAUGUCGAUCUUUCUACAUACGGUAUUGGUUAUCUAUGUUUGCACUCCAUCUGCUGUCCUCACGAUACUGCGCAUUCUACUUUAAAGAGGAUAUUCAACAAACAGAGCGCAACUUCGUAAACAAAGGUUUCGCUUUUACACCGCAAGAUAAGCGUAAGAGGCCAAUUCAGGAUUGCCAUCAAGCAUUGCUGGAGAUUGUAAGCCAGGAGCUACUUUCAGAAGUCCGUAGGCGAGUAGCAAGUCCUAAAGAGUGGCCACAGCUUCUUUCUGAGUGUUUUGAUCAUGGCGGAGAGGGGGACAUAUCUCUUCUAGCAGCAACUGUCGUCGCGUGUGAUCUAGAAACUGGGGUACUUUAUGGCCUUGCUUUGGAUGCAGAAAACGCGCUUCCUGGAGCUAAGAGCACUGUUUCAAUAAUGGAUUUCGUUGCUACGGGCUACCAGCACCACGUGUGCUGCUCAUUAGUGUAA